AUGGCUUCUAAUUCCGAAGCUGCCGAUAUUCCGGAACUUACCAAACUGGCACGCGACCUAUAUCUUACAUGCAAUUCUAUCUCCGGAGAUGCCCCUGACGGCUUCAACCAGCUUGUAGCUAGUCUGGCAUCCCUGCAUAGCGUGUUUCAAACCUUGAGGGAUGAUGUCAGCACCAGGAAGUUCGAGCUCGCGGAGUCAGAUGACGAAUGCAGGCAUACUCUAUAUCGGUGCCUACAUUCUUGCUCAGGGACCUUACAGCAGCUGAAGGAGGUGGUCGACAUGUAUCGAAAUACAGGUUUUGAAAACGGAAGGCAGCUAUGGCAGUCCAUAGAUUGGAUGACACAGCAAGCAUUUAUUGACGAUCUCAAGUCCAAGAUUGUGGCUCAUACAUGCUAUUUAGGCGUAUGUGUCGGCUCUCUUACCAAACCGUCUUUAGGAAGAACUGAAAGUUCGGCGACAAAAGAUUCGGCAAAAGACUUACCUCCACCAACUCCUUCAUCUUGGCAGGCACAUGACGACGUCUCGCCUAUAUCAAUAUCAGUAUCGACGCCUCGCCAGCAGAACGUCUUUAUACUAGCGGAGCUGGAUGGCACGGAACCCACCAGGCCAAAUCCUGCCGCUACACAACCCUCAUGUCCGCCAGAAGAGCCCUCUCAUGUUUCGGCUUCCUCCGAAUCCGUUGUUUCGGGACACUCGGACACGUCUAGCUUCACAGCGACUACGUACACUUCACCUACUAGUCCAGCUUCAUCAACUUUUAGUCCUCCACAAUCAAUUGUUUCAGAGGCCUUUUCGACAGAGAAAGAAGUGGUUUGGGCUCGUGGACCAGGAUCUGGAUUCUCAAAUAUGCAGAAUCAAGGGCGAAUUCAACGGUCAACCUCAAUAAAGCCAGGCGAGUCAACGCCGUGGGGUAGCCCCGGCCAUUCAGGAGCUGAUGCAAUACAAGAACUCCACCGAUGGCAACUGCGAGAGCAGAUCUUCCGAUCGCUGCGAUGUGAACCACGCGAUAAAACCCAUCAGCCUGAUGCAGAACUCCUCGCAAAUUUUGAUCAUAUAGCCCACAAGGAAGAGCGAGCUCAGCAACUCACUGCGAGAUGCUGGCUGUUGGUUGCUGUAUGGUGGCUUCUGAAGGUAUACAUACGCAUUAAGCCUUUCUCUCGUGACAGAUGCUUAUGUUUGGAAAGGCCAGGACAGCCCUUGCAAAUAGCGAAAGAUCAACACUUGCAAGCACCAGAGGCAGCAUCUGUCAGACGUAAGCUCUUCAACGAACACCUUACUUUGUUCAGGCUAAGCCAUUCAAAGGGUCUCAAAGAAGACUUUGGGCAAUUUAGCGCUGUUGAUAUCCCUGACUACGCUGCCAUCCACUCGCAAAACCUCGACUUCUGGGAACCUUUACAGCCUGAAGAGAUGAUUGGGAAGGAUGGCCAACCAGCUAAACCAGGAAACUUCUGCUAUAUCACGGUAGAAUUGGAAGAUGCUGGUAAAGAGGAUGAGCAAGUUCUUUUCCGGACUUUUGUGAAUGCAGGCAUUGGGACUAAGAAGCUCCUCAAAGUGGCUAAAAAUGACGAAGCUAAAACAUUAUCAGUGGCACCAGGGGAUCUGGCUCAGUUAAUUCAGGUAUCAAAUGCGUCACUCACCAAUCUAUCCGUGCCAAAGCCAACAGAACCCGUGACACUGAAGUUCGACACAAUGAGUUUGUCGGUUUCGUUUCAAUACAUGUCAGAUAUCAUGCAAGUGAUCAGUAUGCCUAAAGCAUACUUUGAUGCUGUCCAAAUACGGGAGCCGCUUGAUUCUGACCAAUUCACUGAGACAGUCAUUUUCAAAAGUCCAGCCGAAUCUGUUGAGCAAUUGAGAAUGCCUAGCCUGGUAUCGACUAGUCCACCUACCGUGCACAGGUCCUGCGAAGUGCGCAUCUUGGAAAGGUCUUUUGGCGAGGCGUGGCGCUCUAUCCGACGCAUGGUCAUCAGCUCUUCAGCCGCUGACAAGCCUGGACAGACUACCGAAUUCUUCAUGCCUCUGAGCCAUGUACAAGUCAGCCGUACGACGGCUUCAGGCUUCAUUUUGCUGAAGUGGUCAGAUACUGGUCAGGAGAGAUCCAGCAAAACAGAUGGGAACUACCAUCCACUGUUCACUUACAUCUACGACAGUAGCAACCCAAACAUAGGUCUUGGCAUCCAAUUCCGCUUACAAGAGGCAGUGGAUGAACUGGAAAGGGUUGUUCUGGGGUUAAGCACAAAGCCUGCAUUCACCUGGUCUCAGGCCAAAAGCUCAGGCCAUGUAUAUGAGGUCGCUGACAUUGCGCCGGACGAGAAACGCUACAAGGCGGUGAUGUUGUACCGGGCUGAUCACCGAGUGUUUUUCUCUCACUGCGAAAAAGAGCUGAGGGAUAUGACAGUGGAUUUCAAUGAAGAGGAGGUACUGAUGGCGUUCAUGUCCUCGCUUGCAUCAACAUAUAAGCUGGUCUUCUCCAGAAGAGCGACAUCCCUCAUGACCAAAGAAAAGCUACUAAUUCUCGGUCCUAAAAAGUCAGUUAAAGGAGACUCGCAAGUGCAGCUAUGGCGCGACGGAAAUACCAUUUGUCUUGCUUCGCGUUGGGGCGACCAUAUAAUGGACAGGUGGCUCACAAUGAGCAUACCGACAUCAGAACCAUCCAGAGCAGGAAAUCAAGUCAGCUUCUCCCCAAACAGCUACUCACGGGGGAUGGUCCUCAACAUGACAAAGAUUGCAUCAGGGGCAGCCAAAAAUUUAAAUAGGGAGCACAAGACGGGGCCGAUUACCAUCACCUUUCCCAAUCUAAAAGACCGGGAAGAAUUUGUUGCGGUCAUAACGGACAACCACCUGAAGUAG